CACACACACACACACACACACACACACACACACUGAAAAUACACCCAGGAGCUUUUAUCCGCCGUCGAGACCAAGUACGAGCACGUCGGGCAGCAUUUCGGGAGAAGGAAUGAACUACCGUGGGAAAUAAGAGAGAACCGAGAGAACCGACUGCCCCCCCCCCCCCCCCCUGCUGCGCCGCCGCUGGACGCUCGGUGGGUUUCCAAGUUUCAACCCUCCUGACAUGCGCCGCGUCUGAAGAAGUUGACCCGCGGUUCGACUCCACCCUCGAAGACCAUGCUGGCCCUGCUGCUUCCCGCAAUGCUGACCCUCCAAGCUAUGGCCGUGAAGGAGGUGCGCGUCCCGGAGCAGCCGGUGGUGGCGCUGUACGGCAGCGACGUCGUCCUCAACUGCUCCUUCAGCCACGCCCACGCCUUCAACCUGUCGGAGCUGAGCGUGUUCUGGCAGCUGACGGACACCAAGCGCAGCGUGCACGCCUACUGGCGGCGCCGCGACCAGCUGGCGGACCAGGCGGAGCGCUUCGCCAACCGCACCGCCCUCUCGGCCGCGGGGCUGGGCGCCGGCGACGCGUCGCUGCUGCUCCGCCGGGUGGUGGUGGCGGACGAGGGCAGCUACACCUGCUUCGUCAGGGUGCGCGACUACGGCAGCGCCGCGCUGCUGCUGCAGGUGGCCGCCCCGUACUCUAAGCCCGCGGUGACCCUCCACCCGGAGUCCAACCUGCGUCCGGGCGACGCCGUGGCCCUGACCUGCGCGUCGCACGGCGGUUUCCCCGAGGCCGGCGUGCUGUGGCGAGACGGCGGCGGGCGCAACCUGACGGAGAACAUCAGCACGUCGCUGGUGGCCAACGACGACGGCCUGUUCUCCGUCAGCAGCGUCCUGACGGUGCUGCUGGAGCCCAACAGCACCUUCAGCUGCGGGCUGACCCACCCGCUGCUGGGCGAGGAGGCGCACGUCUCCGUCACCAUCACGGGUCAGAACAUCGCGUUCCCCCCGGUGGCGCUGUGGGUCACCGUCGGCCUGGCCCUGUGUCUGCUGGUGCUGCUCGUCGCCCUCGCCGCCGUCUGCCACAGGAAGAUCAAGGAGAGCUGCGAGGAGGCCAGGAGGGAAGCUGAAGAGGCCAAGGAGCUGGAAGAAGGCGAGUCAAAGACAGCCAUGACACUCCUGGCGAGCGAGGACGGAGAGAAUAAAGGGGCCGGGCGGCGGGAGGGAGACGAGUCUGGCAGGUAAUCCCACUCCAACCAUCCGUCACGCCGGAGACUAUUUCCCGCGUCCCCCUCCAGGACGUCAAAGACGAGUCCAUCGUCCUCCUCCGGAGACGUUCCCUCGAGUUCCCACCGCAACACAUAAACACAUCACGGGCCAUCUUCUUCUUCCUCUUCUUCUUCUACUGCCCCCCCCCCCCUGCUGUCCGUCAGCGGAGGCGUCACGGCGGCGGAGCGGAGUGAUCACGGGAUGCGACGGGGUCGAUGACGUCACUCUGCAUCGGCCACAGAGAUGACCCCGCCUCCGUUUGCCAUCACCGUCUCUAUGAGAGAGAGAGAGAGAGAGGGAGAGAGACAGAGAGAGUGAGAGAGGGAGAGAGACAGAGAGAGGGAGAGAGAGAGAGAGAGAGAGACAGUGAGAGAGAGAGAGAGAGAGAGAGAGUGAGAGAGUGAGAGAGGGAGAGAGAGAGAGAGAGACACGCCCCCUGAUCCUCUCACUGACCCGUCGGCCUUAUACCCAAAGAAGUGGUUUCCAAAGACCCCGUGGUGGACCGGUCCGUCUCCUCCGGACCAAACGGACCUCCGGAUGUUUUUCUUCACGUCCCGCUCCGCGUGUCCGAACGCCAAAGCGUAUCCCGGGUCGACCUGACGACCCCCGUGCCCGUUUACAUUAAAGAGACGUGGUGAACCCGGCUGCUCGUCGGUCCUUACGGGUCCCAACUCUGACAUGUCGAGUUCUGUACUUUCAGGGAUGACGUCAUCACAAACAUCCGACUUCCUUUUGAUUCACCCUCCUCUUACCUUUGGGGUCAAUUUGACCCCGUUCAAUGUUUAACGUCUCUGAAUAAAUGAUUGACAUCAUUUUUUUUGCUUCAUA